UGGUAGGUGGCAAGGAAGCGCCACUGGCUGUACCCUCCCAGGUACUGCUUUUGGGAAGAAUCAACAAGAAAAUUAGAUCAACUGCUUGAAGAAAAAGUGGCAUGGGUCUGAAAUAACUUUUGCAGGUGGAGACUGCGCCUAGCCUGGCAUGAGAACUUAAGAACUGUUAUGCAAAUGUGAUGAGAGUCAAGUCCAAGCGGGCCACAGGGGCCAAAUGUGCAUACAUUUCUUUCUCUAACUUUCGUUUGUUCGAAAACCUGGGAAAAAACAAGCAACCUUUCCAGUCAGAAGGAUUUUGAAGAUUUGAACUCUGGUCUUUGAAGAAAAAGGUAACAGGAAAGCAAGAGAGUGUAAAGUUCUGGGGAGAGGCAUACUCUAAGGGCAAGCACAGAGGGGCACGGGGAAGCCCAGAGGAGUCGGGUAGUUUAAGUCAGGUAUUAGAUGAUGUUGGCAUAAAAGCAUUCAGUUCUACAAAUGCCUAACAAUUACUCAGAAUUUGAGCUUUGAUGAUUUAGUCUUCAAAAAAUAACUCUCUGGGCUACAAUCAUUUUUGUUUUUUCGUAGAUGAAAUAACUGCAGAGAGUACUUCUCCAGAUGCUACCUCCAUGUGCUUGUCAGCUGCCCUGAGGCUCGCCCUGGGGGGACUUCUUUUGGUCUGGCAGGCCGUCCUCAGCUGCAGGCACUUUUUUGUUCCCUCCUGCUGAGGGACUUUGAAAGGUCUGUAGUUUUUGAAACAAGAUGGACUAUUUCAAAUUUGUAUCCUAGGACACUUAAGAACUUGUAUUUGACUUCACAGGACAGUUAUACAUUAAGUAACGAUCAAGUGCUCACAAGGUUAAAUUUCAGGAAAGCUCUCUUGGAUACAAGACAAAGGCGGGGUGUAAAACGAAAACAAAAGUAGACUGAGUUAGAGAGGUCCUUUGAUUUUACACUCUGCAUUCAAGACUGCGCCUCUCUGCCCACUGGAACAGAUCGGAGCCAUGGCUUUGGAACACAACCAGUCAACAGAUUACUAUUAUGAAGAAAAUGAAAUGAACAGCACUCAUGACUAUAGUCAGUAUGAAGUGAUCUGUAUAAAAGAAGAGGUCAGAAAUUUUGCAAAAGUCUUCUUGCCUGCCUUUUUCACAGUAGCUUUCAUCACUGGGCUUGCUGGCAAUUCCAUAGUGGUGGCGAUUUAUGCCUAUUAUAAGAAGCAGAGAACUAAAACAGAUGUGUACAUCCUGAAUUUGGCCGUGGCAGACUUACUCCUCCUAUUCACCCUGCCUUUUUGGGCAGUCAGUGCGGUUCAUGGGUGGGUUUUAGGGAAAAUCAUGUGCAAAGUUACUUCAGCCUUGUACACAGUCAACUUUGUCUCUGGAAUGCAGUUCCUGGCUUGUAUCAGCAUAGACAGAUAUUGGGCAGUAACUGAAGCCCCACAUCUUUCAGGAGCAGGAAAACCAUGCUGGCUCGUCUGUUCCUGUGUCUGGAUGGCUGGCGUCUUGCUAAGUAUACCACAGCUGGUUUUUUAUACAGUCAAUCACAAGGCUAGGUGCAUUCCCAUCUUUCCACACCACCUAGGGACUUCAAUGAAAGCAGCAAUUCAAAUGCUGGAAAUCUGUGUUGGAUUUGUAGCACCCUUUUUUAUCAUGGGAGUUUGCUACUUUGUCACAGCAAAGACACUCAUCAAGAUGCCAAACAUUAAAAAAUCUCGACCCCUCAAAGUUCUGCUCACAGUGGUUGUAGUUUUCAUCGCCACUCAGCUGCCUUAUAACAUUGUCAAGUUCUGCCAAGCCAUCGACAUCAUCUACUCUGUGGUCACCGACUGCGACGCGAGCAAACGCAUGGAUGUUGCCAUCCAAAUCACAGAGAGCCUGGCGCUCCUUCACAGCUGUCUCAACCCAGUCCUCUAUGUUUUUAUGGGGGCCUCUUUUAAAAACUACAUUAUGAAAGUUGCCAAGAAAUAUGGGCCCUGGAGAAGACAAAGAGAAAAUGUGGAGGAGAUUCCUUUCGAUUCCGAAAACCCCGCAGAGCCAACCAGUACUUUUAGCAUUUAAAUGUAAAACUGCUCUGUCUCUCGCUUCAAUACACAUGAAUGAUGCUUCUCCCUUAGAUAAACCAUCUGCAUUAUGCUUAAACUCAAAUCUCAAACAUUAUGGUGGCAACUUAUAACAAAGAAAAGGCUGGGGUGGGAAAGGAGACAGAGUAGAAGCCAAGGAGAAGAGGAAACAAUAAAUGCACAUAACAUGAAAAUUAAAGUUAACAAUAUAGGAAAAUAGUGAAAGUCAUAAAUAAUAAAAACUCUGUGCUAUAAAUUAGGCCAUCUAAAACAGAUGAAUAAAGAGGCUUAUAUUAAGGAGCAUUUAUAAUUAUCUUUAAUUAUCUUAAUUUUAAUCUAAGAAUAAUGUCCCUGCAUAAUUUUAGUACUUGUAUUACUAUGCAGCAAAAGGUAAUGUAUUUUUUCUUCCUGUUUUUUUUGAUUUGUAAGUUAUUUCAUAAACUCUAAGAAAGAAUAAUAAUAAGCAACCAAAAAAAUACAUAAAAAGCUUUUCUCUUCCUUUUAAUACAUUUGUGGUAUGUUUCUAAACACACAAUUUGCUUCCAUGGUGUCAACUUCCUUUAGUAACACACUAUUUAUCCUGUUAAGAGUUAUGAUGUCUAGAAACAAUCCUCAGAUAAUCAUUCUUAUCUAGGUCCCAGUUUUUAUCACUUCCUGAAAGACUAAUCCAUUUAUGUGGAGUCUACUAUUGAUGGUUAACUAAAAAAUAUAUUUUCUUAUGUAUAAAAACUCCUAUUUUUUGCUUAAACAC